GUUCGAUCAACUUCCAUUGCUGAAGGUAGAACAGAACCGCAACUAACAGCCGUAGAAUCUCCAAUGACAUGCAUUUCGAAACCAUUCAGUGCCACCGUUUUCCACACUCAUUCAUCCCCUUUCCCUCCAUUUCCAUCCCGCCUCCAUUCUAAUGUACACUCUUUUUUUCACUCAAACUCAUUCCGCUCCACAAAAAGCAUCAAUAUCUCAUCCCACGCCGUUCCUCCUCUCCCCCAAAACCAAAUCAUCAUCGGAUGCGGAAUGACGACGGUGGAUAUCUUAGCUACUGUGGACGGAUAUCCGAAACCGGACGAUAAGAUCCGAACAACCUCCUCCAAGGUGCAAGGAGGCGGAAAUGCCGGUAAUGCUUUAACAUGUGCGGCUCGACUCGGUUUGAAACCCAAGCUUAUUUCCAAGGUUGCUGAUGAUCCUCGAGGAAAGAGCAUAUUGGAGGAACUUGAAGCUGAUGGCGUCGAUACUUCCUUUAUUGUUGUAUCCAAGGGUGGUAGUUCUACAUUUUCAUAUGUACUAGUAGACAGCCAAACAAAAACUCGCACAAGUAUCUACACCCCUGGAGAUCCUCCCUUAAUGCCAGAUGAUUUGUCUCGGUCAAUGUUAUUAUCUGCAUUUGAUGGAGCAAGAUUAGUUUAUUUUGAUGGAAUGUCUAUCGAAACUGCUCUAUUUGUGGGACAAGAGGCAGCUCGCAAUAAUAUUCCUAUUUUAGUUGAGGCAGAAUCGCCAAGGGAAGGGUUGGAUGAGCUAUUGAAGCUUGCUGAUUUUGUUCUAUGUUCAGCAAAGUUUCCACUGGCUUGGACACAGGCACCAUCUAUCCCGAGUGCAUUGGUUUCCAUGCUUAUAAGAUUGCCAAAUGUCAAGUUUGUGAUUGUGACUCUGGGUGAAGAUGGCUGUCUAAUGUUGGAAAGAAGUACAAAUGAGGAUGUCGGCGUAGAAGAAAGGAAUGUAGAGAGCUUCUUAGAACUCUUGUACAAAGAGAAAGAUGAUAGCUUGGCUAUUCCAACCUGCAUAUCAUCGGUGGUGAGAAAGUUCAGAUCAAAUGGAAUAGGCACAGUUUGUGGGAGAUUCUUUAUUGGAACAGCAGAGAAGAUACCAGAUUCUGAGCUUAUUGAUACAACUGGUGCCGGGGAUGCGUUUAUUGGAGCAAUUAUGUAUGCCAUUUGCUCAAACAUGGUACCAGAGAUAAUGUUACCCUUUGCUGCACAAGUAGCAGCUGCUAAGUGUAGAGCUUUGGGAGCUCGAACCGGUCUUCCUCACCGAACAGAUCCAUGCUUAGCAUCCUUUUUAUCCUGAGAAGGAAGUUCUGUUGUAGUGCUCAUGUUUACUUUGUGGUUCUUUAUUCAUGUCUUCUAAAAUGUCCUAUAGUUUGUACAGAAUGUGAGUACAUGAUUUUAAUUUUAAUUUAUCGCAGGUAAUAAAUACUUGUCUUAAA